UGUGUGUGAGAGAGUGAGUGUGUGUGUGAGUGUGUGGUGGCGCUGCUGGCUCCCCCGCGCCAGCGCUGAGGCGGUGAGCGGCGCUGAGCGACCGCGGGUGGAGGGGAGCUCGGCAGCCUCUCCAGCAGUCGGAGCCGGCUUCCCCGUCCUCGCCCGCCCCUGCUCAUCCAUCCCCCCUCUCGCAGGAAUGGUUAUUCAGUUGCCUUGGAGAUGAUCUUGCUGCUGUAAAUGUAGGGCUGAAGAUUAAUGGUGUGGGCAGUAUGGACCUAAUGAACGGACAGUCAAGCAGUGUUAAUAUUGCGGCUACUGCUUCAGAGAAGAGUAGCAGCUCCGAAUCCUUGAGUGAGAAAGGUUCAGUUGAACUGAAGAAGAGCUUUGAUGCAGUGGUAUUUGAUGUUCUAAAGGUUACACCAGAAGAAUAUGCGGGUCAGAUAACACUAAUGGAUGUCCCUGUGUUUAAAGCAAUUCAGCCAGAGGAGCUGGCAAGCUGUGGCUGGAAUAAAAAAGAGAAAUACAGUUCUGCACCAAAUGCUGUUGCUUUCACCAGAAGAUUCAAUCAUGUAAGCUUCUGGGUUGUUAGAGAGAUUCUGCAUGCACAAACUUUAAAAAUAAGAGCUGAGGUUUUGAGCCACUAUAUUAAAACUGCAAAGAAACUGUAUGAGCUGAAUAAUCUGCAUGCUCUUAUGGCGGUUGUGUCAGGCCUACAGAGUGCUCCAAUCUUCAGGCUGACUAAAACGUGGGCGUUGUUGAGUCGGAAGGAUAAAGCCACCUUUGAAAAGUUGGAGUACGUUAUGAGUAAAGAAGAUAAUUACAAAAGGCUUAGAGACUAUAUCAGCAGCUUGAAGAUGACUCCUUGUAUUCCCUAUUUAGGUAUUUAUCUGUCAGACUUGACGUAUAUUGACUCCGCCUACCCAUCAACAGGGAGCAUUCUGGAAAGUGAGCAAAGAACAAAUUUAAUGAACAACAUUCUUCGAAUUAUCUCUGAUUUACAGCAGUCGUGUGAAUAUGAUAUUCCUCUGUUGCCUCAUGUCCAAAAAUAUCUAAACUCAGUUCAGUACAUAGAAGAACUACAAAAGUUUGUAGAAGAUGACAAUUACAAACUUUCAUUAAAGAUAGAACCAGGGACCAGCACCCCACACUCUGCUGCUUCCAGAGAAGAUUUAGUAGGCUCUGAAGUCGGAGCGUCUCCACAAAGUGGACGGAAAAAUGUUGCAGCUGAAGGAGCCUUGCUACCACCGACACCCCCUUCGCCUAGGAACCUGAUACCACAUGGACAUAGGAAGUGUCACAGUCUGGGAUACAAUUUCAUACACAAAAUGAAUACGGCUGAAUUUAAAAGUGCAACAUUCCCCAACGCGGGACCAAGGCACCUACUGGAUGACAGCGUCAUGGAGCCUCAUGUCCCAUCCCGGGGGCAGGCAGAAAGCUCCACCCUUUCUAGUGGAAUUUCAAUAGGUAGCAGUGAUGGUUCUGAACUCAGUGAAGAGACUUCCUGGCCAGCAUUCGAAAGGAACAGGUUGUACCAUUCUCUCGGUCCGGGGACAAGAGUGUCACGAAAUGGCUAUCGAGGCCACAUGAAGGCCAGCAGCUCCCUAGAAUCUGAAGAUUUGGCUGUUCAUUUGUAUCCAGGAGCAGUUACUAUUCAAGGUGUUCUCAGGAGGAAGACACUGUUGAAAGAAGGCAAAAAACCUACAGUAGCAUCUUGGACAAAAUACUGGGUAGCGCUGUGUGGAACCCAACUCUUUUACUACGCUGCAAAAUCCCUGAAGGCUACAGAAAGAAAACACUUCAAAUCCACGCCGAGUAAGAAUGUGUCAGUGGUGGGCUGGAUGGUCAUGAUGGCAGAUGACCCUGAGCAUCCAGAUCUCUUCUUAUUGACUGAUUCUGAGAAGGGAAAUUCAUAUAAAUUUCAAGCUGGAAACAGAAUGAAUGCAAUGCUGUGGUUUAAACACCUGAGUGCUGCCUGCCAAAGCAACAGACAACAGGUUCCUGCCAACUUGAUGACCUUUGAAUAAUAGGCUAAUUCAAAACAAACAAAAA